AUGAGUCUCCGAACAGCUCUCUCACUCCCACGGCGGGCCACUCUCUCUCAUACAUCCGCAGUGGAUCUCCGAUGCUGGCCGUCCAGCUCGGCCCGAGCUUUCUCAACGACAGUCCACCGUGACGCAACGUGGGGCUUCGUCGGUCUAGGACAAAUGGGAUACCACAUGGCCAAGAACCUGCGUGCCAAGAUCCCGGCUUCCGAUACUCUGAUUGUGCGCGAUAUCAACGAAGAUGCUAUGAAACGCUUUGUUGCGGAGGCUCAAGAGGCUGCGCGCAGUACCGGCGCUGGCGCCGGUGAGGGUCUCGUUGAGAUUGCUGAGAAUGCGCGCGAGGUCGCUGAGAAAUCGGAAGUGAUGGUCACAAGCUUGCCCGAGUCUCAGCAUGUCAUUGAGGUGUUUCACUCUAUUCUCAAACACGGCGAGCUUCCACCGCUCACACAAGAGCGUCUGUUCAUCGACACAUCCACCAUUGACCCUGUCACGUCUAAGGACAUUGCAAGCGCAAUCCACACCACCCAAGCGGGCCGUUUCGUUGAUGCCCCCGUAUCGGGUGGUGUUGUCGGCGCUCGCGCAGGAACGCUCUCAUUCAUGUUCGGCGCCUCCUCCCAGACAGGACAGCUUCUUGAGCGCGUGCGCGGCGUGCUGUCGCUCAUGGGCAAGAAAGCGUGGCAUCUUGGUGACCCUGGUGCCGGUGUCUCUGGCAAACUAGCCAACAACUACAUUCUGGCUUUAAACAACAUCGCCACUGCUGAAGCUAUGAACCUUGGUGUUCGAUGGGGUCUGGAGCCCAAGGCUUUAGCUGAGAUGAUCAACUCUUCUACGGGCCGCUGCUGGCCUUCCGAGGUUAAUAACCCUGUUCCUGGUGUUGUCGAGACGGCUCCUGCUUCCCGUGGUUAUGAGGGUGGCUUUGGGGUCAGUCUAAUGCACAAGGAUCUGCGGUUGGCCAUCACAGCUGCGAAGGAGUCUGGCACUCCUCUUGCUUUGGGCGACAAGGCUCGCGAAGUAUAUAAAGCUGUUGAGGAUGCGCACCGGGGUAAAGACUUCUCGGUGGUUUAUAAGUGGCUGCAGGAGAAAUCCGAAUAA